GUCUGUAGUAAAUGACCUUGCAUUUGCACAGAUGGAGUCCCAUUUGCCACAGUUUUACCCGGCUGGAAGUUCUCUGGUCCAUAUGCUUGCAGUAAUCUCACCAUGACGACUGAUCAUUGCUUUCACCAACUGAGCUGCAGGAGCUCACAUUAUUUAAGGCUAAGUGGACACAGUUUGCUGCUCAGUAUUCGGAGAACAUAUCGUUCUUUUCCAAGUAUACCCUCUUAUUCAGAACCAUAGGGCGUCACGUCGAUAGAUCUAAUGCCGUGCUGGUUUCCUCUGUUUAGUUGCAGAUUAUAUCAAGAAAUUUGCGGACGAGGGGGAUUCUCUGCUCAAUGAUUUUCAACGAAAUUGUGAAUGCAAUAACCAAAAGAUUGAGCACCUCCAGUGGAAAGGCGAGGACUCAGUGAACAUCAGUGAGUUUGCAGCGGCUGUCCUCACCUACAGCAAGGCAGUGGAGACCAGCCCGUAUAAUCAUCACUUGUAUUGUCGACGGGCCUAUUGCUACCUGCAGCUGAAUGAUCACCGGUUGGCCAUCCUCGACAGCAUUCGAGCUGCUGUGCUAAAGCCUGAUUACUUUAAGGGCCAUUACUUCUGUGCUAAAGGUCUCUUGUCAGCGGGUUACCCGAGCUAUGCCUUGAUAGCGAACAGGAGAGGCAUCGACCUGUGUCUAGCGGGCGGGAGUGAUAUCACCGUGUUGCAGGAACAGCAAAUUGAGAUUCAAGAGGAAAUGAAGAAAAAAGGUGACUGCGAAACGACACACAAGCAACACAGUACCAGUAAGGCAGCGACAGUGGUCAGUGGAGCCGACAGCCCUGCGCCUGAGGUGGUGUCUGAUACCGACAUCGAGUCUGUGGAAGGUGAAAUGCCGGCAGGAGACGGAGGAGUGGAGAAUUUUCAUGCAGUUUGGGAGGACCUGAUGGAUGACUUAGCCAAAAAAAAAGGCAAGAACUUUGGCGAUCUCCGGGAAGAAUCUGAAACAAGUAUUGAAAGCCAGAAGUCGUCUGCCAGAACUGAAAGGACCAACUCGUUGGAAGAACUGCCUCCAGAUCCCAAUGAACAGUGUGAAGCGAAAAACAAUUCCACAAAGAAAUCUCGAACAGAACCAAAAAGUGUAGAUAAGAUUGUCUUUGACCCGUCCAAGUGCCGCCUGUGGCGGGCGGUCCAUUCGGAGCAGGAGCUGAUCACGCACGGAGUGGAGGACAUCUCCUUCUUGCUGUACCGCCUGAAGCUGAAGAGGUUUCUGUCGGAGGGGGACCAGGAGGAGGUGGAGAAGCACAGCACUGGGCCGUCCAAGCUCGACGCACUCCUGCAGAUUGUGUUGAAAAAGAAUUCCAACCUGGAGAUCCGCAAGUUCACGUCCGUGCUGGUUGCCAUCGACGGGAUCAAGCCAGAGCUUUCUAAGUGGGUCCAGAACCUGGAGGAGAUGGGGAACAGCUGUGCGGACAGUUUCUUGUACCUGUACCUGGAGGUGUUGGCUGAGCCACUGAGUGGCCUCCCAUUGAGGGACCUUAUUUACAGCCUGCAGACCCGCAACAUCCUGACGGACGUGGAGAACGACUUGCUGAUGAAGACCUCCCCCCAGCACCGGGGGCAGCGGCUGCUGGAGGUCAUCGUCUACAUGAAGUCUGCCGCUGAGAAGGCAGAGUUUGUCUUCCUGCUGGAGGAGGAGCGGAGCUCGUUUCCCACGCUGAGGAGAUGCCUGGAUGAGCUCCAGCAGGAGUUUGAGAAGCUGCGUUGCGGAUAUAUCCCGCGUUUCAAGAGGUACGUCCCGGUGAAGAGGCUGCGCAAACGCGAGGACCUGCCGGCGGAAGAGCAGAACUCCUACUGCAACUUCUUCCGCCUGAUGUACCUCAUCAUCCUGGAGGGGACGCGGAUGGCUCAGAAGGUGUUUGCCGAGCGGGUGUCCCCGGCCGACCUGCGGGUGGAGAUCGGCAAGCUGAAGAAGUCGGAGCUGCACCGCAACUUCCGCGAGUUCCAGACCACCUUCGCCUCGCACUCGGACUGGGGGCUGCUGUACCCGCCCAGGGCCGCCCGCCUGGACUUCCAGAAGUACGACGUCACGCUCCUGGUCUUCCUGAUGACGCACGUGCGGGCAUUCCCGCAGCCCCGGCGCGGCUGGUGCACGGAGCCUCCCCCCGACGACCACUCCAAGUCGGCCAGCAUGCUCCGCCUGCUCUACCUGCGCCGGCGGCUGGUGCUCCGGGACGGUUACCUCGGCGUGCCCGAGGACGAGUUCCUGGACAUCUGGAACCAGGCCAAGCAGUGCCUCUGCCGCCUCGGCAAGGAACCGGAGGAGAUUGAGGACAUCAUGUUCACGCCUGGCUACCUGCUGUGGAGGGACCACAAGCAGAUCGCAGAACUCAUGGGGAAGCAAUGUGUCGAGUUGACUGGACAGUAUAUGAUGGCCAUGAAAGCCCAUCUACUUGCAGAGGCCAAGAGCAAGGAGGUGGUGAAGACGGGGGAAACGGAGGCCGCUCCAGCAGGGAAAGUGACUCCGCCACAUCCGCUGGGAACGGCCACUGUCGACAGGAGGAAAGGGAAGGAGGCGGCGGAGAGAGAGACGGAAACUGGCAGAGAGAGAGAGAGCGCGCCAGGCCACGGCGCCGCGGAAAAGGAACCCUCAGUUGCGUUUCCAGCAGCAGCGAAAGGCGAGGAGGUGUCACGGCCGACUGAGUCGCAGUGUACGAACGAUCCCCAGAAAAACAGCCGGAAGAAAAAGAAGAAAAAGACCAAAGGAAAAAAGAAGUCGGCAGCUCCGUUGGAGAACGUGAGUGAGAGGGAUGUGGAGAGCACGGCGGACGAGGACAGGGAUGAGGAUGUUGUGCAGGCAUCGCACUCGGACCAGCGAGGCAAGACCGAGAUUGCAGAGCUGGAGGCGGCCGUGCAGAAGUGGCAGCUGCUGUGCGAGGAGAAGAGCGGCCAGAACGAGCAGCUGGUGAAGCGGCAGACCAAGGCUGUGGAGAGCGGCAAGCAACAAGCAGCGGAGUUACAGAAGCUGAAGCAGGAGACGGAGAGCGAGCGGAAAGUGCAGCAAGGCGACAAGCAGCUUCUUCAGAACCAGAUCAAGAGCCUGCAGGAGACCCUACUGGGCACAGAGGAGCUGCUGAAAACGUCGGAGAAGCAGAUCAAGGCACAAGUGCAAGAACUGGAGGAGCAGAAGAGUCGCUCUCAGCAGGACCAGGAACAGUGGGCGCAGGAGAAGAUCCGACUGGAGCGGCAAUCGGCAAAGAGCAAGGACGAGUUCAUCGAGGCCAUGAGGCGGGCCAUGUCCGCAGAGGUGCAGGUGCUGGAAUGCAGGCGGGACAAAGGCACAGCGUUCCUGGAGCAGGCGGCCAAGGAAGGCGAGGUCAAGCUGUCUGGGCUGAGGCAGAGCCUAGUGAGCGGGCCUGCGCCGCAGAUAGAUGUGAAAGCUGCCGUGCUGGCGUAUGAAAUGGUGGUCACCGACAUCCGCUCAAAAAUACACCAAACUGUGAGUGCCUUCAAUGAACAGAUGGAGCUGAUACGGAGCGGAGCGAAGCUUAGUAACAUGCCGCAGGUUCCUGUCCUGCUUCCUCCGUCACAGUCCGACUUCAUGCUUAUUUACAUGUCCAAACAAAAGGAGCUUCUGGCAUCGAAUGGAUUCCCAGCGAAUAACAACAGCCAGGCAACACCGUCCACUGUGCCGACAUUUACCCUGGGAAUGGUCCCAUUGAACAAUCAAAUUGGAAUCACGCAGAGAUCGAUGUCACCCCAGCCAUCGUCACUUGGUCUGGUAAACCCCGGCCCAGGAGGGGCCUCCAAUCAAAACCACCUCGAACGCCUUCUGGAGAAACUGACUGAGUUGUUCCCACAGCACAACAGGGACAUGAUGAUCGUCUUUCUCCGGCAUGUCCGCAUGAUGAACAACAACUCGCUGUCGGGACUGUCCUUUGAACAAAUCAUCAGCCAGGUCUCAGUCCUCAUCAAGACCCAACAGCCGCACCUUGUGAAUGUAAAUCUGGACUUUGCCAACCUGCCGACCAACCCAGCCACGUCAAUGGGCACCUGGAGGUCCAUCCCACGAGAUCCACACGAGGAGGAAGAUCCUUGUGUCAUUUGCCAGGAAGAAUUGACCAGCAGUCGCCUUUUUGUGAUGAAAUGCGGGCACAAAUAUCACCGAGAGUGCAUCUCCUUGUGGCUCAAGGAUCAGAAGACGUGCCCCAGUUGCACCCUCAGCUUCGCCACCUCCUUCGCACAGUCCUAACGGCGCAGGAGGAACUCACCCACCCACCCACACUUGCCCGCGGACUGACCGACCGACCGACCCACCCGGGGGCUCCAAUUCACGGGGCCUUUGUUCACUGUGAAUGCGACGGGACGCCGCGGUGUCGUGAAGGUGCAGGGCGCGAUGGGCGUGAAGCUCCCGCCUUCUGUUGGAUUCAACGGGACCUCUGACUCGUCCCGAUCAAAGGAGAUUCUACUUACUGAGAGAUUUAUUUUGUGAAGGGCAUGCUGAUUCUUUGACCAUCCAAAACUGAAGCAUAUUUUAAUAUGGAGGAUGGGAGGUAAUCAUUUUCAGUUUAAUAAUUAAAGGUUGUCGAAGGUU